AUGUUCUUUUCUUCAUGGGAAGAAAACAAAUUGUGUUACGCAGGACCUGCUGGCGCCCUCUUCCACGAGGCCCUGGAAAAGGAGAAAGAGCGAGAGCGGGGGGCUUCACUGGCUCUGAAGAACGUAGAGUACAGGCUGGUGGAACGGCAGAGGGCCUUUUGCAGUAUUUUGGUGCCCCGUGUGAGGAGGGUGGAGGUGGAGAAGGACCUUCUGGUUCGUACGGCUAAAGAGCCCCUUCUUGCACAUUUGGAGAUGGAGGACGGUCUCAGGGAUAUUUUUAAGAAUGAUCGCAGUUGUGCCGAGUAUCUCAACACAGAUGAGCGCAGGAACGGGAGUCUGAUGUGGCUGUAUCUCAGAUACUGGCAGCUGCAGCUCACUCUUCAGUCACACCAGAGAGCUGAGGCGGCUAUACUCGGCAUUCAGACAAAAAAGUGACACUGGGAGAUCAGAAAUGAA